UUACAUAGUUUCCAGUUUACAUAAACUCAUAACUGCUAAAGAGACAUUUAGGAGCAUCUCAAUAAAAUGUAAUGAUGUUAACAGCUAUUAUGCUAAAUGCCACCAUUCCAGCAACCCAUGUGUCAUAACAUGAGAAUAUCACUGGCGUCAAAAAUAAUAGCUAAAGUGUUUAAAUGUGAUAUGUAGAACAGCUAAUGCUAGAACCUAGCAAGAUAGUACUAUUAUGUACUGUACAUAGUCCUAAUUUUUAUUUAAUUUGUUUUUCCGUGACUAUAAACCAAAUGAAAAUAAUAAUCGCUAACAGCAAAGAUAGCAAUAUGUCUGCAUUAUGUGGCUUAGCCUAAACAAUAAUAAAUAUCAUACAAUAUUAAGAUGGGCUGUGUUGCUAUGCAAUUUGCAGCAUUUAUUAAUUUGGGAGGUAUUUAACCUUUUAUUUGCGUUUAUUAUGUUUUCAAUUUAUUCAGUGUUGUUACAAGGUGUCGGUGUGCCUAAUGAAAUGUCUUUUUGGGUUAUAGAAUUACUGGCUUACAAUUAACACUAGAGGGAGCUAAAGAGAGCCUGGUCCUCACCUGAACCCCCUCGGAAUAUUCCACAGCAAUCAUGAAAACAGACUCUCAAGACCUACCUGACACGGCCGGCAGCAGCGUGGACCAGCAGCCAGGAUGAUCCCAGUGGGAGAAUUCCGGAACAUCGGCAUCGAGCAGAACUCCAAGUACCGGGUGCUCAAACCGUGGUGGGAUGUUUUCUCCGAGUACCUGUGCGUCGCCAUGCUCAUGAUUGGCGUCUUUGGGUGCACCUUGCAGCUCACCCAAGAUAAGAUCGCCUGCCUGCCAAGUCCCUUCACCAGUCCAACACCCAGUGCCAUCGACUGCAGCUACAUCCGGAACUACGCCGACAAUGAGACGUGGAUGAGUUUAAAACCUACCAAUCCUGUCAUACGGGAGGUGCUUGGCCGCAAGAACAACCUGGACAUCCACCAGUAUGUCUUCAUCAACCACUAUUGCUACGAGAGGUUUGUGCACUGGUAUGCAAAGUACUUCCCGUACCUGGUGGUGAUCCACACAAUGAUGUUCAUGGUAGCUAGCAGCUUUUGGUUCAAGUUUCCCGGGACUUCCUCUAAACUCGACCUCUUUGUCACCAUCCUGGGUAAGUGCUUCGACUCCCCCUGGACCACGAGGGCCUUGAGCGAAGUUUGCGAGGAACGAGGCGAGGAGAAACUGGUCAUUUUGAGGAGGACGACCAUGUCUAAAGAUCCAUCUGAGAAACGGACGGAAGAGGAGGAGACCACCUUGCUUCCUCUAGUUGGCUCUUCCAAGUCUAAUCCAGAAAAAAAAAGUCUGGAUUCUCAAUCUGCUCCGUCGGUGCUAGAUAAGAAGGAAGGAGAGCAGGCCAAAGCUCUGUUUGAGAAGGUGAAAAAGCUUAGAACUCAUGUGGAGGAGGCAGACAUAUUGUACAUCAUGUAUGUGCUGCAAACAUCCCUCAAGGUCUUCAAGUUCCUUUUGAUCAUCAUCUACACAGCAGCACUGUCUCCAAACAUUGAGAUUGUGGUUCGCUGCUUGGUUCCCCCUGAGCUGACAGGUUUUGACAUUUAUUGUUGUAACCACAACAAAGCUCAUCUUUUCUCGAAACUGGCCUAUUGCUACAUCUGCUUUGUGGCUGUCUAUGGCAUCUUGUGCAUCUAUACGCUCUACUGGCAGUUCCACCGCCCCCUGAGGGUGUAUUCCUUCGAGCAUGUCAGGCUAGAGACGGGCAUCAACGACAUACCGGAUGUAAAGAACGACUUUGCCUUUCUUCUUCACCUGGUGGACCAAUACGAUGACCUAUACGCCAAAAGAUUUGCUUUCUUUCUGUCCGAGGUCAGUGAGAGUCGCCUCCAUCAGCUCAACCUCAACCAUGAAUGGACCACUAAGAAGCUGCGAGCCCGUCUCUCUAAAAACGCCAAUGAUCAACUGGAGCUCCACCUGUUAAUGUUGCCGGGAUUUCCCGACACGGUCUACGAGCUGAUGGAAAUGCAGUCUCUCAAAUUGGAGCAAGUUAAAAGCAUUAUGAUCUCGGCCAGUGUGGCUAAGCUAGAGAAACUUCGGGAUUUGUCGCUGGUUUACUGCCAGGCGAAGCUCCAGCUGCCCGCCUUGAAACAUCUCAAAGAUCACCUGAAGGUCCUACGACUAUGGUUUGAAGGUUUAGAUGAGGUACCUGAGUGGAUGUACCACCUGCAAAGACUUGAGGAGUUGCAUCUGAAUGGCCCAUUAGCCACCCUGGACUCCCUUCGAAAUCUUAAGGCCCUGACGGUACUUACCAUGAACUCCAAUCUUACAAAGAUCCCAGCCAGCAUCUAUGAUGUCGCCCUGAACCUGCAGCAUUUGAGCAUCUACAAUGAAGGGAACAAGCUCCAAGCCUUCAGCAGCCUGAAGAAACUCACCAACUUGGUGUCCCUGGAGUUGGUGGGCUGCGAGCUGGAGCGCAUUCCAAGCGCCGUGUUUAGCUUGAGCAAUCUACAGGAGUUGGACCUCAAAGAAAACAAGCUGACCACAGUAGAGGAGAUUCUGAGUCUGCAGCACUGCCAUCGACUGGUGACGCUGAGGCUGUGGCACAACAAGAUCACCUACAUUCCAGAUCACAUCAGUAAGCUAAACACCUUGGAGACUCUGGACAUCAGUUGGAAUAAACUCAAAAGGAUCCCCAGCCGGUUGUUCUACUGCACCAAGCUCAGGCACCUGGAUGUCUCCCACAACCAGAUCACCUCCAUCCCGGCUGAGGUGGGCAUCCUGCAGGGCCUGCAGUUCUUCUCUGCUGCUUUCAACUCGAUAGAGAUGCUACCUGAGGAGCUGUACUCUUGUAAAAGACUAAACACUCUGGCUCUUGGGAACAACUCCCUGCUCUUCCUGAGCUCCAAGAUCGCAAAUCUGCUCCAACUGGUCCGACUGGAGAUUAAAGGAAACCGCCUGGAUGCUCUGCCUGUGGAGAUAGCAAACUGCCCCUUGUUGACUUCUAAUGGGAUUGUAGCGGAGGACAACCUGCUGCAGGUGUUGCCUUUAGAGAUGCACAGAAGUCUGAGUAGUAGCUGACUUAGCCCCUCUUAAAAAGCUUCAUUGAUUUUUCUACACCAGAUUUUUGGUCUGUUUACAACUACAGUUUGCAAAGUGGAACUCAAUUCAUUACAAACUUUUUUUGAAAUAAUGCACACACUGGAAUGUAGUAGAAAUGUAUAAAGGAAGCCAAUGAACUAGGGAUGUGCCAAUUGAUUAGCCACCGAUUGGUAUCGGAUGAAUUUUGGGAAAAGUUUGUGAUCGGCCAUUGCCGAUUAAUGCCUUUUAAUGUGGAUCACAAACCCUCUGACCCUCUCUGGCUGGCAAGCGGCUAGCAACUAAUUCUGUUGGUUUUUUUUUAUAAACAUUGUGGAGCCACUCCCCGGAGUGAAUAGUAAUCCCUUCCUUUAUGGCAAGUAAACUGCAUUGCUUAGUAACUCAGUAAACAUGCCAAACAUGUUACACACUGAGUGAACGCCAGGAGCAGGCAUGCUAUUAGUUAAGCUAACCUAGCUUGAAACAACAAAACAAAUAAGUGCUUAAUAAAGUAUCAAGUAAGUGGAUAUCAACAUGUAGAUCGAUACAAGACUACAGAGGAUAAUAUAUACAACGCAUAUACACAAUCCAUAAAUCGGCGUUGUCGAUAUUAAGGGUAGUACCAGUAAUCAGAUCAAUAUUUUCAUUUUCUCAUAAUAUAUUUUUGUUGUUUUUGUUAGUGUACACAUACUCUGAAUAAUUCCUGGACACAGGAUGAGUUUGAGGGCAAAAACCAAAGGCAUUAAAUGAGUAGUAGAUAGUAGUUUUUGCUUUUUUGUGUGUCCCAGAGUAAAAGAUGUCCUUAGUGGACAUGCUCAGUCCCACUGAGAGAAGACUGAAUUGGCACACCCAUGAACACUUUUCUUACUGACUGCUUGUUAGGUCUUUUACUACCUCAGCUGCGUUCACUCAAACAAAGAGGUCAUUGUCCGUACGUAUCUUACUCUUAUUUUGAAAAGGCACAUUUAGCAAAAGUUGACGGCUUAUCGCUUCCUGCUCUUUCUGGGCAUGUUGUGGUCUCAGAGAGAGACUGCGGUUGUCAGCCGAGUCGUGUUCUGACCUGCAUGAACGCUGUUGCGACACUCCAGUUGCCAGACAUACCUCAACAUGGCCGUGCAGAAACACACCUGCACUAAUGCCCUAAACACGCCCCUUUUUUUCAUCUGUGCACAAAUAAAAAGCCCGAGACGUCUGAUGUUAAAUUCUCAGACAUGUUUCUUUUCCUUGUGACUUUGCGGAGGUGGAAGAAGAGACUGAUUUGAAACGUUGCCUUGUUAGGGGAGGUUCUUCUUCUGCGUGUUAAAACGCUGUUCAAGUACGAAACCUGCCGUUUGUUGCAGAUGCAGGAACACAAAUUAAAUAAAUCGUAACACGGUUGUCCUGUCCAUCAUUCAUUGUUGAGUCUGGUUAGGACUGCUGAGUACUGGGGUACUUGAUGGUCGGGUUUUGGCUUCGGGUUGUGGUUCAAGGGUUAAAUUCUGGCUUCAUGGCUGGAUUAGGAUUCAUGGUUGGGUCUAAGGUUUUAGUUCAGGACCAGGCAUGAGGUGAAAAGUAGUCAAUAACAUGUACCCCUUGCUAUAAUACAGAGGUGUCCCAUGUGUGGCCUGGGGGCCAUUUGGGGCUCACAACUUAUUUUUAUUGUCUCAACACAUUCUAAAGGUAAAAUAAACACAACACAGAUUAAAACAUUACACACACAAAAAAAAUAAGAAGAAACAUGGGACCUGAAUAUCGGGGAUGUCAAAGUUGUUUUCAUUGAGGGCCACAAAACAGUUAUGGCUGCCCUCGCUUGUUACAGUGAAUAUUAAUGAACUAGAAUGUAUCGCCUCAUUAUGUUAUUAUACAGUUCCCUAUGGAUUUGAUUAUUAGAUGUGUUUGACAUACAAAUUGAUGGAUAUGGUACUUGCUUAUCAUAAAUGAUGGGGACAAGCAGUUUCUUCUCAAAUAAAAUGUUUGGAAUAUAUGUUAAUGAUACAGGUGUGUCCCACCUUUCACUAUAAAGGGCCACAUACUAAAAAGUCAAAGUAUGUGGGGCUCAUUUUGAUAUUUCUAUGUUGUAUUAAAAAAAAAAAAGCUAAGCACUGAAAUUACAUUUAUUUAAAGACACAACUUAGUGGCAGCUUUGUGUGACAAAGUGUACGAUUGGUA